CUCUGCCUCCCCAGUGCUGGGAUUAAAGGCGUGUGCCACCAACACCUGAGAACCCAACCUUUUUAUGCGUAAAUUUGUGUUUCAGCUGAGCCACGUGUUUCAUCUCAAAGUCACCAUGAGCUGUAAGAAGCGCAGAUCACAGAAGAUUCCAUUCAAUGCCAGGAAAAACACAAAAAUCAAUGACUAUUUCUCUCCGGUGUCCAAUGAAGAUCAGGAAAAUUCCAGUAUUUCUCAAGUAAAAGUGGACUCUAGAAAAAUGCCAAGAGAUAUAACCAACAUCCAGGACCAAAGACCACUUUCAUCCAAGAAAGUUCGACAAGAUCAGACUCCUCCCUCAAAUAAGAAAAUUUUAAUCACCUUGGAUGUGAACCACAGGAAGAACAAAAACAUGAAACAUGAGCUCUUACAUAGUGAGACAAGUAGCUUAUAUGAAGCCCUCAAAACUCUCAGUGCUGUGAAAAAAGAGAUAGAUCAUCAUCAGGGCAAAGAAAUGCUGGUCUGGGGCAAAGAAGGAAUAGAAGGGUUCAUAAACCCUGCCAUGCCCCUCUGCUGUUUUCCAGAAGGCAGCCACGUGCUCAUUAGGUUCUCUCAAAGUAAAAGUGAGCCGGAAGUAAAUAAACAAUUGUUUGAACCACAGGACCAAGCAUCUACCAGUUAUGUCCGAUUUUACAUUCAUGCAAUUGGGACUAAGAGGAAAAAGAUUGUGAAGUGUGGAGAACUUCACAAAAAGGGGAACAAACUCUGUGUCUUUGGCUUCAAAGGAGAGACCAUCAAGGACACUCUGAGGAAGGAUGGCAGGUUUCUUUUUGCAGAGAGUGACCAUUGGAGGCUCAUUGGUGAACUGGACACCAUCAUAGAAAACACCCAGCCAGUGGAUGAGUUAGAUGGCAAGCUCUUUCAGGUUGAGGCUGAGCAAACAAAGAAUCCGAAGGUAGUAUCUGUCACUCAGAAUUCUGAGUUUGAGAACAGAAACUCUUAUGAGGUAGAUGAACGCAUUGUGAAUGAGUACCCCACAUUGAAAGAACAACGAGCAAAACUCAGAGCAUACAUCAAGGAAGAAAAAAGUGAAAAAAGAAAGAAGAGUGUUUCCUUAUUCAAAAUACACCAAGAAAACUUUGGGAAACUGACAAAAAAUUCUACUCCUGUUAAAGUAAACAAACAUCUUUCAAGGGUCAGCGACUCAGUUGGGUACCUGCGGUGGGACAAUAAUGGAAAUGAGGGCUGUGCCACCUGCUUUGUUUUUAAAGGAUUGUACAUUUUCACCUGUCGGCAUGUGAUAAAUGACAUCGUGGGGGAAGGCACAGCGUCAAGUAAGUGGGCAAGCAUAAUUAGUCAAUGUGUACAGGUGAUCUUUGAUUUUGAAGAGUUCCCACCAAGAAAAGACAAUGCUUUUAGUGUUAAACCUUGGUUUGAGAUAUCCAGUAAAGACUUUGACUAUGCUGUCCUUGAACUGGAGGAAAAUGGACAGGAAGUACCUACUGGACUGUAUAAUGGAAUAGGCCCUGCACCACUUACUGGGUUGAUUUAUAUCAUUGGCCAUCCAGAUGGAGAAAAGAAGUCUAUUGAUGGUUGUACAGUGGUCCCUCAAGAUAACCGAGGAAGAAAUUGUGAGGAGAAUGUUCAGGCAAGAGAGGCAGCAGGCUACCAGUUUUCUAUGCCAUAUAUCCACAUGUACACCCAAAGAAGCUUCCAGGAAAUGCUUCAAAACCCUCAUGUGGUUACCUACAACACUACUUUUUUUGGAGGGUCAUCUGGAUCCCCAGUGUUUGAUUCUUAUGGUUCAUUGGUGGCCAUGCACUCUGCUGGCUACACUUGUGAGUAUCAAAGUGGAGUUUCCAAUAUUAUUGAGUUUGGUUCUACUAUGGAAUCCAUUAUUGCUGAUAUUAAGCAAAAUAGAGAUUGGUAUAAUAAAAUCUUUGGAAAUUGUCAGGAUGAGGAAAUGCGAAGCCUAUAGUCCUAAGAGAAUGUAAUCUAUUUUCCAACUUUAAGGGAAUUGCCUACGGUGUUGUUAUUCUGCAGACAAUAAUGUUUUAUGAACUUUCAAAAUGAUUGAUUUCACCAAAAAAUGAGUGUUCAGAUUACUUCCUGUGUACUAGUAUCUUUCUUCAAAGGUCAUGAACAACAAUACAAAAACAUCGGAGUUAAACUAUUUAAGUAAAAUAACAUAAAGAAGAUUAAGUACAAACCAGGUCUCAAGGGACUUAGUGUCAGGAGAUGCAAAGAUGUGAAAAAGUUCAGAUCAUAGAAACUGGAGUUGUGGGCCAAAGAGAGUGAGGGAAAAGAAACCUAUGGUUCUCCUGGCAACUUGAACAGAUGUUAAAGGCACUGUUUCAUUGGCUUCUACCUGUAUCUUCCUUCUCUGCUGACCAGAACUCAGCCAGGUCACUGGGGCACAGGUUUUUCAGCACCCAGAGUUCCCUGAAAUCACUUGCCCUUCUUUCACACUGCCUUUCUGGCUUAAGACUUGAAUCUGGAAUGAACCUGCAAGGAAUGGUGUGGAAGUCAUUGAGCAGGGAAGGUACAAUGUGCCAUACAAUAUGGGCACCUGGGUAAUCCUGGAAAUGAGUUAUGGAGAGCAAACACUCGAAGAGACUGUUUCUACUUCAUGGUAUUUACCAUGGAUUGGGCCAGGAGGACACUACAUAGACUAGAACGUUUCUCAGCAGUUGACACUCAAGCCUUAUUCUCUUAAAGAGAAAAGAAGUCAUGGUCAGGAAACAAUCUCACAACUGUUAAAAUCAAGGAGAACUUAUGCACUGAAGACAGCCAGAGGUCUUAGAUCAUCUGAGGGAAGGGGGAGGAGUGGGUGAGAUGGUUUGGGAAGAUUGCUAAGAGACUGGAUUCCAGUAUUGCAUCGGUCUUUUCACAAGUCCCCUUAUUUUCAACAUAUCCCCUAGUGCUAUUGUGUGAUGUUGUGUUUCCCCUGCUCUGUGUAUCUUUCCAAAAGGCAACAAAGGGGGAACCAAAAUUUAAAAAGUGUGGUAUCUACAGUGAGUUAUGAAAUUUUAGAUGCAAUAGGAGUAAAGGUUAUUUGUAUGGUAUUCCCAUUGGUUUGUUCCAAAUGCACAUUCUCAAUGUUAUAAACUAAUAAAGGUGGUUUCCAUAGC